UCUUCUUCUUCUCCUCCUCUUCUCUUCUUCCGACUUCUUCUCCAACCUCUUUUCUUCUCCCGCGAAGGAAGGAGGGGGAGCUCGGGACUCGGGAGGGGCCAGCAGGAGCCCACCCCACCAUGGGGAGCGGAGGAAGAGAAAUAGUGCGUGUUCAGAGGCUUUUGUAGUCUUUGGCGAGAUAGAGGCCGCAACAGCAAUGGGCCUGGCCCACUGGCCUAACCGUGUGCAGGAUGGUCAAAAAACCCGAACCCUCACAGUACCGGUAAACUGAGCGGUGUUACUUACCGUAGUAAUAAGUACCAGUACCGUAGGAAAAUAAUUCAAAAGAGAUAUUAUUAUAUCCUCCGCCAUGUGCCGGAGAAUAUUCCAAUGUCCAUGACGACAAUUCGGUACGAUUCUCCGCGGGUCAUUUUAAAUUUCAACGAUAUUCCACUUGUAGCCAAGCUGUUCGACGAAUUGAGCAAGCUUAAGGUCGCCGGGACUGAGAGCCAAACCUCGAUCGUGUUGCUCCAGACCAGUGGCACGGUAGAUGUGGUCCGCGCCAUGCGUUAAACAAGCCGAUCCCAGAUUCCAAUUUCCAGUAACCCAUCUUGCCUUCCCCCUCGGCCGAUCACAGCGCCUCCCCAACCGACACCACCGUCGUCAUCUCCCUACUCGUGCUUCUUCUUCCCCCAGCUCGCUCGACCCCCACCGUGAUCCGAUCCAAUGGCGGAGGUCCCAUCGAUCCACCGCACGGAGAUCUUGAAGCAGAUCGCGGUGGACUACUGCCCGGAGGUAUGCCACCACUCCCCGGAGGCCGGCGAGAUCCACGUCACCUACGACCACCGCGGCGGCGCCCGGUGGCGCUCCCCGGCCCGCUUCCGCCACGGCACCUUCGGCGCCCGCAUCCGCUGCCCGGCCGGCAACACCAGCGGCCUCAACUUCAACAUCUACCUCUCCUCCCUCGAGGGCGACAAGUCCCAGGACGAGAUCGACUUCGAGUUCCUCGGCAAGGACAAGACCUCCGUCCAGACCAACUUCUACACAACCGGCGCCGGCUGCCGCGAGAUCAUCCACCCUCUCGGCUUCGACGCCUCCGAGGACUUCCACGAGUACCUCAUCCGCUGGGAGCCGGACCGGAUCGAGUGGCUGGUGGACGGCGCGGUGAUCCGAGAGGAGGUGAGGAAGGACGGGGAGCCAUGGCCGGAGAAGCCCAUGUUCCUCUACGCCUCCGUGUGGGACGCCAGUUACAUCGACGAAGGCCGGUGGACUGGACGGUACAUUGGGUGCGACGCGCCCUAUGUUUGCAGCUACAAGGACGUGAUGGUUCCCAUCGAGAGCAUUGUGAUCGAGGAGGAGGAAAGCAAGUAGAAGUAUUUGUCUCACUGUUUGGUUUGUAACUUUGUAUGGUUUUUCCUUGCGUAUGUGUUUGUUGAUUUGUUCUUGUCCUGAGUUUUCGCUUGCUUGGUUUCAUUUCGUUUGUUUGUUUGUUUUAGGGACUUUAAUGAGCACCGACAGUCUGAUUAAAUGCUUGGAGUCUUGAUCACAUCGUGCUUGAUGAUGUGACGACGACUUUGCCAAAUGUUGAUGUUUUAAACUUUUUUUGGCAUUUAUAUUGAUGUGAUGCAGACUCUAGGCAUUAUUCACAUCGUCUAUGCUUAUAACAAGGCAGCCUUUCUUAUGUU